AUGGGAUUCCAAAGAGCAAUCCAAACUGCUAUUCGGAAAUGUUCUCGAACAAGACGACCAGCCGAGCUCAACUCUUUAGAGCAAAGAAGAGAAGUAGCUCUUCAACAACUGGGGCAACUGAUCGAGGAAAAGGACACUUAUAAAUGCCAGAUAUGGUUUGAAAUGAACGAAAAAGGUGUUCUAAAAGACGAGAUUGAAAUUUUGACAUCCGAGAAUGACCUGCUCAGAGAGAAAGUAGAGCUCCUCGAAAAGGAAAAGUGGAGCCAGAAAGACAUCAUUUUUGGUCUAAGACGCCAGCUGGCUAAAGAGGAGCGAUCCUUCGAAACAUCGAGAUCACUGAUCCUACAGUCACGACUGAAUAGACAAGAGGAUUUAACAGCCGCUACUAAAAGAGCAGAUGAUUUAGCGCGGGAGUUAAACCUGGCUGUGACGAGGGCUAAAGAAGAUUUAGCAGCUUACAAGGAUGAAAUUGACAAUCUCAAACAGGAUUUUGAGAUGAAAGCGUCAUCUAUAAACAAGGAGGUAAAAGAUGUGGAAUGUGCCCUCCAAGUCCAAGCUGAAUUCCAAGAUGCUUCAACUUGUACGACCGGCAGUACAUCCUCCAGAAGGAUCAGCUGCAGGGCUGCCAACAACAAAUCUAAAAGGCACAGGAGUGACAAUUCUUCAAGACUGGAUGAGCACAACCUCAACCAUCUACCAUUCCAGUGCAUAUCCAGUUUGAAAAUCAGCAGAUCAAAUUGGGAGUUACCUAUGCUGACCCAAGGAUCGAAAUUUCUUGCAGCCUACUACGCGAAGAAAAGUGGCGCACAUUGAACAGAUUUUCUACGUGGAGUGCCCUCGCCCAAAUAAAACAAAGAAGGAGCUUUUUAUUUUAUAUUUUAACUUCCUUUACUUCUCACGGAGCUCUGUACUAUGUUAACAGUACUGUGAACG